CUCCUUUCCUUCCCUUCCUUCCUCACCCCUCAUCACACCGCAGCAUGUCUUCCUCCUCCCUCGACGCCAGCACAAGCGGCGGUGGCACAGCCUCAACGCCUCCCAUCACCUCCUCCUCCUCCUCACCCUCCACCCCGACCUCGGGCACACCAAGCGAUGCAGCCGCCCGUCGCGAAGCGCGCAAAGCCCGCAUCUUGGGGAAAGGUACGGAUCGCUUGGCCAAGCUGACCAAACAGGCUCGGGGGGAUGAGGCAGAACUGCUUUAUCCUUCUACCCCACCGCCGGCUGUGGGUGGGGCUCCAUCUCAGGCUAGGAAGGCGGGAGGGCGAGGGGAUGAGGACGAUCCGGAGGAGAUCGAUAUAAGUGAUCAGGCGAGGAUGGAUCAACAGAUGGAGGGAGCCAUGCAGGCUUGGCAGCGACAGCAGCAGCAGCAGAGCGCGGCGGGACAGGGUCAGGGAGGACAACCGAUGCCCCAGGAUCCCUUUGCUCAGAUGAUGGCUGCUUUGACUGGCGGCGGCGCCGGAUCGGGUGCAUCAGGAGGCGAAGCAGGAAUGGGUGGGAUGCCCGACCUUUCCCAGCUCUUUGCGGCUAUGCAGCAACAACAACAACAACAAGGCCAACCUGGUCAAGCAAGCGCCGAUGGGAUGCCUCCUCUUCCCCCCUUCAUGCAACAACGCCAACCUGCCCCUACUUCUUGGCUUUCCACGCGCUUCUUCUCCCUCUUGCACACAGUCGUCUUCCUCGCCUUGGGGUACUUUGCCGUCUCCACUGCCCUGCUUGGCGUUCCCACCGCUCAGCAGCAUAUGGACGUGGCGAUGCGCGAGGUGGAGAGCAGGCAGAGGUUGAACAGCUGGGCCAGCUUGGCGUAUUAUCGACCAAACACAGUGGCUAGCGCGACGGCUACUGGUGGGGGAGGGGUGCAGGCAAGACAUUUCGAUAUCGAUGGCGCGAGGGUAGGAUUGGAAGGGCCGGUACCCCUCUUCCUCCUCUUCCUCCUCCUCGAGCUUUUCCUCCAAUCCCUGCGAUUUCUCCUUCUCCCCUCGCCCUUCGCCGGCUCUACCUCCCCACACGGCCAGCAAGCAAUGGACGGAUCCCCACUCUCAAUGUUGCUCAACUUCCUCCCACCCACACUCCGCUUCGUCGUCGUGACGGGAAAGCGUUGGCUUACCCUCCUCGGCACGUGCGUAGACGAUGUCGCCGUGCUGGUCUUCGUGCUGGGAUGUGGGACUAUUUGGUGUGCGGCUCAGGUCAAGGGAUGAGAGGCCGAGCGAGGCAGAGAAGAAGCAGUGUGUGGUUGUGCAACUGUCGGUGAAAUGCGAGGUGUGGUUACAAGAGUGAGAUCUCUCCACUGGGAGCGGGGCCUCGUUUCAGAGAACAGGGCGUGUGUUUCUUUCGGGCGCGCUGCUUCAUCCGCGCAACUACAGCUCAUCGUGUUCCUUCCCUGACGUCGCACCUGUACCGACGGGGCGUUGCCGCAGCUGCUCUCCCUCCGACGCAGCCGGUACAGCUGACGUCUUGAUCGACUGCGCGACGGGCUCUUCCAUACCUUCCUUCUCCCGCUUCUCGCUCUGUCCCUUCUUCUCGGCCUUCACCCUCGCUUCAGCCUGCACUGCCUCCUCACUCCCCCACGUCCAUCGCCUGCCCAAGACCUUCCUAUCCA